CCCCCCCUCCCCUCCAAAUUUCUGUCUCACACACAUAUCAGAUCCUUUUCAUUCAUUCAUUCAAUCAUAUCUCCUUCUAAUUCUAAUCUUCUGUGUAACAAUUAUAUAAUUAUACAUACAUAUUUCUAUCUCUAUAACCCCUUAAAUCUAUACACACUCUCUCUCACACACACACUGAUCGCCCUCUUCCAAGGUUUAAUUACAAAAAAUUCAUACUUUUUCUUAAUGAGGAAGAAAAGGAAAGGCAGUGAUUUAUUAUUAGGCACUGAUAAUAAGGAUAAUAAGGAAAAGGAAAUUGUGGAAUCUACGGGUGAUUCAGAAUCGUUAUUAUCAAAAAAUAUUAAGUGUCAUUACUCUUUAGAAGAUUACCUUAGGUUAAAAAAGAGAUGUUGUAAAGGAAAUGAGGUAGUUUGUGGUGAUAGUAGUGAUGAUGAUGGUAACGGAUCGUUUAAGAAUAGGCGUGUUGCGGCGACUGCGCCUGUGCGUGCGACGUCGUCGUUGGUUUCGUCGGGUAGAGGGGUUAAGAGGAAGAUCGGGUGUAUAGAUGUAGCGACGCAAAUGGGUAGGAAGAAUAAGAUUGUUGAGGAUUAUGUGAAAGGUGAUAGUAUAGGGAAAGGGAAGUUUGGGUCGGUUUGGUUGUGUAGGUGUAGGGCUACAGGGGUUGAGUAUGCGUGUAAGACGUUGGUGAAAGGGGAAGAGACGGUGCAUAGGGAGGUUGAGAUUAUGCAGCAUUUGUCGGGGCAUCCUGGUGUUGUGACAUUGAAGGCGGUUUAUGAGGAUCAGGAGAGUUUUCAUUUGGUUAUGGAGUUGUGUUCGGGUGGAAGGUUGAUUGAUCAGAUGAGUAAAGAAGGGAGGUAUUCUGAGCAACGGGCUGCCAGUAUAUUUAAAGAGUUGAUGAUGGUCAUUAAGUACUGUCAUGAUAUGGGAGUUGUGCAUCGGGAUGUUAAGCCAGAGAAUAUUCUUUUGACGAGCUCGGGAAAAAUAAAGCUUGCAGAUUUUGGCUUGGCAUUGAGGAUCACUAAGGGUCAGAGCUUAGCUGGUUUGGCUGGAAGUCCAGCUUAUGUUUCUCCAGAAGUUAUAACAGGGAAUUAUACGGAGAAAGCGGAUGUAUGGAGUGCUGGUAUUCUUUUACAUGCUCUAUUGGUUGGCGUUUUGCCUUUUCAAGGAGACUCAUUGGAGGAUGUUUUUGAGGCGAUCAAGACUGUGAAACUUGAUUUCCACACGGGAGUAUGGGAAUCUGUUUCCAAACCUGCACGUGAUUUGCUCGAGCAUAUUCUUACAAGGAAUGCCAGCUCUAGAAUAACGGCCGAGGAAGUAUUGAGUCAUCCAUGGAUUAUGUUCUACACAGAACGCAAUUUAAAAUCUCUAUCGUUCAAGUCAAAGUCAAAACAUCAAGCUGGACAAUCUUCACAAACAGCAGCAACGACAUCUGUACUUGAGUUAACUAAAAGGUUGACCAUUAACGGUUCUGUAAUCAAAUAUUCAUCUCCAGUUUUAACAUCUCGAAGUCUAAGCCAUGAUAACUCAGAAGAAUAUGAUGAUUCUGGUUUGGUUGAUGCACUUGCUGUUGCUAUCUCCAAUGUAAGAAUUUCUGAACCUAAAAGGAGCCGGUUAUGUGUAUCUACAAGUCCAAUCAGAGAGCAAUGUUCUUCUAAUGUUACGUCUAAUAACCUUUGCAAAGCAUGCUGACCUCUGACUGCUGACUUUGACUCUACUACUCUUUACUAGUGCUGAUGAUCAGAAUUGACUUUGACCCAUGAUGUAACAGAAGGCUAACGAAGUGCUGAGAAAUGGUGAGAAACAGGUGUAUAGUGAAUGUAAAUAUAAUGAGUAGAUAGUGAAUGUUGAAUGAUGGUGAUUUAAGUACAUUGGUUUUGGUAGGCAAAUAAACGCUAUGAUGUUUGCCUGCUAUAUCUUCGUGACUAUGGUUUGAAUUCAGCUUUUAUAAAUCUGGAAACUGUAGCAGAAGCUAUGAAUAAAAUUUCAUAAUGAGUUUUACA